AUGGCGCCGACAGGUGCUGAAGCAGUCCAAUACGGAACAGGAGAAAAGAGCUGCUUGAGCCAACCGAGGGGGCUUCAUGUGGAUGUGGAUGGUCAGCUCUAUGUGGCUGACUUUGCAAACUUCAGUGUGGUGCGCUUUGGCCACAAUGACGAUGCUGCGGGGCGAGUCGUUGUGGGUGAACGUGGGAAGCAACUCAUGGAUGUGGAUUACCUCAAGGACAUUGACAAGCCUUUGUCUCUUCCAGAUGGCGAGGGAGUCUUGUUGAAGAACCCCAUAGACAUUGUUCUGGACUCGGAUGGAGCUUUGCUGGUCUUGGACUGCCCUAUGGGCCGGGUGCAACGCUUUGAGCUAGGCCCAAAGGGGUCACCAGCCAGCGUGGUGGUCCCGCCCCCGAAGUCUAUGCCUGCCAAGUCCUUGGCUGUGCCAGAAGCUAUCAAGCGCCCACGGUGUAUGCUGCAUCAUCCUGAUGGAAGUCUGGUGAUAUGCGACACUUGGAGUCAUCGGGUGCUCAAGUACGGCAAAGAUUCGCUGACCCCCGAGUUGUUGGCGGGAAAGCCAAAUUCAUGCGGCUGCACAGAUUUGCAUUUGAGCUUCCCAAGCACUGUAGCCUUCUUGGAGGAUGGAUCCUGCUUGGUUUCGGACACCAAUAACCAUCGAAUCCAGCGCUUCCGACCUGGGGAGCUCAAAGGUGAGACAGUGGCUGGGUCCUGCGAGGGCAAAGCUGGGAGCUCUUUGAUGGAGCUCUCGAUGCCCACAGGCUUGGUGGUGGAAGCUGAUGGUAGCUUCCUAGUGGCUGACCGUGGCAAUGCCCGCGUGCUACGUUUCCGGGAAGGUCAAGGAGAGUUGGUUCUGGGGCCCGACCUGGUGGAACGACCGUGGGGCUUGGCUGUCGAUCAUCAUGGCAGUAUCUUUGUGUCGGACGAAAAGCGUGGAGUUGUGCUGAAGCUACCAGAGUCUGGUGUGGCCACGGGUGUCAAGCCGGCCAAACCAAUUGGCUCUAAGACCCCUGCGGUAAAAGCAGUAGAGGCACCACAACGCACUGCACCUACUGCACCUGUGGCUGAGCGCAAUGCUCCGAUCUUCCAACCACCCGAGCGUGCCAAGGUUGAAAAGCCGAUGGGAAACAGGGCCCAAGGCCAACCUGUUCCAAGCCCACAAGGCCCACAGGGUCCACAGGCAGAGACCGAGGCGGCCGCUGCACCUCUCCGGGCAGACCCUGUUUUCCAGCCGCCAGAGCGGCCACGAGCGGCAGUGCCAAAGGGGCAACCGCCGGAGCUGCCGAAAGAGGACAAGCUGCUAGAGCCCUCAAAACCUGGUCCACCCGCCAAGGCAGCUUUGGGAGUGAGGAUGGCAGUGAUGUUCGAGUUCCAGCCUUUCCUCAAGCGCCUGAAGAAGACGGCGUUCGGGGUGCAGGAACCGCUGUUGUCGAAGUGGGGCUUUGAUCCAUCCGAAGAAGGCCUCGCUGAGAUGAUGGUGUGCCUGAGCGACCACACCUUCAAGGAUUCAUCCUUGCGGAAACUUGCGGACGAGACGACCAAGAUGCUGUAUGGAGGGGAGGAUGGCAUGUGGGGCAUGGAGGAUUGA